UGCCAAUUACCCAACUGACAUUGAACGUUAUUUCAGUGUUGAAAUAGAGAGUAUUAGUUACAACGUUUAGCAACUCUUAUUGAGAGCUUCGUUGAACGUUAGGGCCUCCGUGGCCGAGUGGUUACAGCAUCACGCUCAAAAUCACACGGCCUCUCAUCUCUGGUCGGCGGCGCGGGUUCGAAUCCCGCUCGCGCUGAUAAGUGAGAAAGUUUCCCAGUUUACUUUCGGAAGGUCGGUGGUCUCUUCGCAGGUACCUUGUACAAGAUCUGGGUUCUCUCUUCCACCAAUAAAAAGUGGGUGCCACCAGAUAACUGAAAAAUCAAUCAAUCGUCUAACGUUAAACCCCAUUGUUUAUUGCAAUGUUGUAGAUGAAAUAUUUUUUGAGUGUUCAAUGUUCUUUAUUAUUUCAACGUUGCUUUAACUUUCAUGUGCAACCAAACUUAAACCUUGAUUCAACAUGGAAAUGUCCGUUGGGAGGAAAACUCCAUAGAAUGUGAAUGGAGGAUAUUGGAGGUCUAUAAAAUCAUCCAAAUAAGACAAUAUGGAUCUAUGGAUUUUUAUAAAUCCUGGGCCAACUACAAAGAAGGAUUUGGAAACACAUGUUAUGACUACUGGAUUGGAAAUGAUGUCAUCAGUUCUUUGACCAGUGAAAUGAAUCAUGAGCUGCACAUUGGAGUUUUAGGAUCUGAUUGUGAUCAAGCAUAUGUAAGGUAUUCAUCAUUUCACGUCGGGGAUGAGGACAGUGGAUACCCUAUCACUGUGUCAGGCUAUUCAGGGGAGGCGGGGGACAGUUUCCGCGACAACAAUGGGAUGAAGUUUUCAACAUUUGACCGCGAUAAUGACGAGGACGCCAACAUACACUGCGCAAAAGAGCGUCAGGGAGCCUGGUGGUACAAAAAUUGUUACGACUCAAGCCUGAACGGGAAGUUCGUGCAGUCUGCUGAGACUGGUCUGAGCUACAUGACCUGGUGGGCAUGGAAGGAGAAAUCUGUAGCUUUACAUGGGUCUUUAAUGAUGAUCAGACCCAAUGUCUAAAAAUAAUGCAUUGUGUUCUAUAGGUACAUGUACCAUUCUUUCUAAUAAAACAGUUAAUCUAUAUAGAAUGGAAAAA